AUGGCGACAACCACGGAGGUUAAUCCUGUUAUCGCCGAGCGAAAGGAGCGCAAGAGGGCGCAGAAUAGGCUGAAUCAGCGGGCGCGACGUGUACGUAUCCGAGAGUCGACAUCCGAGAAGAGUCGGAGUAAAGGCCGGCCGUAUCAAGUGGAUCGGUGGCGGUUGCACUUGGAGGAGCCGGCGUCGGCGUCGGCGUCGGCGUCGGGAGUUGUGGGUGCGAUCCGGUUAGAGGCAGACAAGGCGCUUCCCCCGGUGUCAUCGAUCUCCAUCCACGACGCAUCAAUACAGCUCGAAAGACCAGAUGCCAUUGCCCACUGUACUAAGCGAGUCCAUGCAUCAGAGAGAUGGACGACACCAGUCCUCCCAGCGGACCACCUCCUCUCCCUAAUCCAGCUCAACGUCUCGCGCGGCCUGCGGCAGAACAAGACGACGCUCUGGGCCUCGACAUUCUACUACAUGCCAACCCUCAGCUCCAACUGCAACACGACAUCCCCAUCAGCCCCCUUCCUCCCCGCAACAAUCCACCCGGACACCCUCUUCUACGGCUCCUCACUCAUCACAUCCAUAACAAACCCAGCAUCCCUCCCCCAAGCACUCAUCCCCACAGAACCGCAGAUGCAGCUCGUCCACGCAACGUGGAUAAACAUCCUGCCGUUCCCGCGCAUGCGCGAGAACCUCAUCCGCUUCGAGGCGUGUUUCGACCAUGCGGAGUUUCUCGAUGAUCUCGUCGGGGGGUUGGUUGAUACGGGGAGGUUUUUCCGGGGGCCAGCUGGGCCGUUUGAUCAAUACACUCAUCGCGCGAUCUCCGGUUUGCACAAUGACAGGGAGACGGGUCCUGAUAUUGCUGUUGUUGACGACGGCGACGGCGACGACGACGACGAAAUAACUUCAACCCGCAACGGCCUGAUCAUCUGGGGCGAGCCGUACCAGGCCGAGGCAUGGGAAGCGACGCCGGGGUUUCUGCGUAAGUGGGCGUGGGCUGUGGUGGGGUGUGAGGAGCUUGUUGCAUCGACGAAUCGGUGGAGGGCGAUGAGAGGGGAGGGGCCGGUUAGAGUUUAG